UAUAAAACACGUGUUUAUAUCCAUGGCUGUGCCUUGCCUUUUAGAUAAUCUUAUCAAAUUAUUAAUUGAACGCACAUUCAUUGUAAAACCGAGUAAUUUCUUGAAAAAUCAGCAUACACACAAUGUUUACAGCUAUGGACCGCCCGGCGCAUUACUUCGACAUAACAUUUUACAAGAAUGGCGAAGAUACGUCCUCUACAACAACAACGAGGAGACUUUCUGGGUGGAAAAUUCAAAAUCCAUUACCGCGGAAACUCCAUCAGAUACUAGGGUAGGGGUGGAACAUUACAAUUCAUCUAUACUGCAUCGGUGUCCCGAAAACUAUCUUGUCAUUGCUAAACAGUUAAGCAAAAAAUUAUCGUUUUCUGUAGCCCACACAUCUGUUUGUUUUGAUCCGCAGCGAACAUCGGGUGAGAACCUGUCUUUUUUAGAAUCGUCCGAAAAUACAGAGCUGACUGUUACACAUUUCUGUCCAUCCACAACUAUCGUCUCCUCCUUUAGUGACUGUCAUAGGCGUAGACUGAAAUGGUGGCGUCAGUAUGCACGUUUUCCCUCCAAUUUUAUUUUGUCAGAUCCACAGCAGUUAAAUGUCAAUAAUGAAACUUUCCAGCUGUUUAAAGUUCAAUUCCAUUUUCCUUGGGGUUGGGACACCAUUGAAACAAUUAUAAACUGGCGUGAUUAUCCUCUCCAAUGUAUAAAAGAUGUGCUUUUGUCGGGUAUAUCUGCUCAAAGUAAAAUUCGACGUUCUGCUUCCUUACCAUGUGUUAUUGAAUCUACAGCUAUUCUAGAGAGAGCAUUCUUGGCCUUCCUUCUCGAUUCUUUUCAAGAGAAUAUUCACACUUAUAGUAAGAGUAAGACCCGUUCUGAGUCCAAAACCAGAAGCAUACUGAAGCUUCACAGAAGACUUGUGCCUUAUAAAAUCGGUGUCAGUGUAAGCGGGAGUAAAGUUUCCUAUUUACGAAAGAUGGCGUUACGUAUUAUAAAAGACAUUGAAGACCUGGAACUGCAAGUAUUUCAUUGUUUAGACACUACUAAUUCUCUUGAGAAGCAGUAUGUGAUGUUUGAUGAGUUAGGUGUGCUUUUAACAAUAGUUAUUAAUGACACUACACUGGAAAGUGGAAUUAUUGGAUUGCGAAGUCGCGAUACAUCUUUAAAAGAACCACUUCAUGUUGCCACACUGAAAGAUACAAUUUUAAAGAAUAUUCAAUAGCAAAAAUAAGUCAAUUAGUUUUUAAUACCUAUCUUUUUUCACA